CAGAUUUUGAGCGGAGGAAAUCCUCUCGCUUCUCUUCCUCUCUGUUGGCGGCCAUAAUAAACCCCUGUACGUGAAAUCAGUGGAUGAAAGACGGAUGAGGAAUACGGCCGUAACAAUCUAUUUUUUUCAGUAACUAGACGCGUUUCUCAUACAUCUAUAUAUUUUUUCUCUCGAGAACUGCCCUUAUUUACGUGGAUAUAAUAUUAUGGUGUUUAGAUGGCCUAACGACCGGGGACCGGGGACGGAGUGUUAAUCUCACCAACGCUUCUCCAAGAUAUCCGCGUUGACCAGUACCUGAACUCCUGGGAUUUGAACAUGGAUAUCGCCGAUGGAGCAGAGGAUCUUUCCUUGGAGGAGAUUUUAUCGUUGUACAGCCAGCCGAUCAACGAAGAGCAGGCAUGGGCUGUUUGUUACCAAUGUUGCAGAACUUUGGCGCGGAAACACCGGAGGAGAAAUUCCAAGACUUCUGGCUCAUCUAUUGGGGAUUUGACGAGAAGGAUAGAAGGACCUGGCGAUGUGCGGAUUCUGAGAGAUGGAACAGUUAAAUUGCACCACCAAGACAGCACAGAUAAAUACAGACCUCCCAACACGUCCUCAGAGGUGAUUGAAUCUCUGGGAAUCAUGAUCUACAAGGCGUUGGACUACAGUCUGAAGGAGAACGAGGAGAGAGAGCUCAGUCCGCCUCUGGAGCAACUCAUCGACAUGAUGACCAACAUGGCAGAGAAGGAGAGGGACAGAGACCCCUGCCCUGAUGAAGGUUACGAGGCCACUGAGGAGGAGGAAGACGAGGAAGACCCAAACACUGUCUGUAAUGUAAAAGGAUUCAGAGACAUCAUCACGCUGUGUACGUCCCACCUGCCCAGCCCCUCUGAUGCCCCUAACCACUACCAGGCUGUGUGUCGGGCGCUCUACGCCGAGACCAGAGAGCUACGCACCUUCCUGGAGAAGAUCAGGAGUGCCAAAGAGAACCUGCGUCGGAUGGAGGGAGACACUAGAGAGGAACCAGGCAGAGAUCUCAACGAGCUCCAGAACGCUGACUGGGCGAAGUUCUGGAUGCAGGUGAUGGGUGACCUGCGUAACGGGGUCAAGCUGAAGAAGGUCCAGGAGAGACAGUACAGCCCUCUACCUAUAGAGUUCCAGCUCACGCCUUACGAGAUGCUGAUGGAUGACAUCCGCUUCAAACGAUACAAACUACGGAACGUCAUGCUGAAUGGAGACAUCCCUCCCAGGUUAAAGAAGAGUGCUCAUGAGGUCAUCCUGGACUUCAUCCGCUCCAGACCACCUCUCAACCCUGUUGCUGCCAGGAAGUUGAAGCCCUACCCUGUGCGGCCGCGAAGCCUCCAUGAGCGCCUCCUAGAGGGCAUCAAACAGGAGAGGAAGCUGCGGCCUGUAUCACCUGACAUGACCCGGCGCAAUCGCCUGGGAGGAGUCAAAAGCAUCAGCACCCCUCAAGAUCUGAACCGCAGCUCAGACCUGUCGACCCCGGAUGGCCUCAGAAAGCACGCCAGCAGCACCUUGGCCCUGUCCGGUCCAGCAGCUCACGGGAUGGGAGGGGCUCUUGGUCAGAGGAAGAGGCUCCUGAAGGCACCCACGCUGGCUGAACUCUACAGCUCUGAGUCUGACGAUGAGGCCAGUCACAGCUCCUCCAGUUUGUCAGCAUCCAUGUUGGACGCCUCGUCUCCUGAAUCUGUCCUGGGGAAGAACACAUCCCCUAGGUUCCUGCCCAUCACCAUGACUCCCCAGCCUGACAGUCGCCCCUCCCUUCAGAGGAGACACUCCAUUGAGAAGGAGCCCCCCACCAGAGUACGACCCUUCACAGCCCCCACCAGACAGAGCUCCAAGUCUCUGGUGGAAAACCCCGCCCCCAGCAGAGGUGCUAAGGUGGAGGACUUCUGCUACCCUGUAGAGUGUCUGGCUCUAACAGUAGAAGAGGUGAUGCACAUCAGACAGGUUCUGGUCAAAGCUGAGCUGGAGAAGUUCCAACAGUACAAAGACGUCUACAACGCACUGAGGAAAGGAAAGCUGUGUUUCUCCUGUCAGACUAAACGGUUCUCCUUUUUCACCUGGUCGUACACCUGCCAGUUCUGCAAAAGGCCUGUGUGCUCGCAGUGCUGUAAAAAGAUGAGACUUCCCUCUAAGCCGUAUGCCAACCUGCCCGUCUCCUCUCUGGGCCCUACUGCCACUCUACCCAGGGAGGAGGCUGGAGGGACAUCAGCCUUGGACACCCCAAAGAAACCCUCGUCCAGCCAGCGUCACAGCCUGCGCCGGACUGUCUCCGGGUUAUCUGUAUACGACAGCAGUGAGGGGUCUCGUGAUGAGCCGGAUCUUCCCAAAGAGCUGACCGACGACUGGUGUACCAUGGAGGUCUGCAUCAACUGUAAGAAGUUCGUCUCUGAGAUAAUCUCCAGCAGCAAGCGCUCUCUAACCCUGGCCACCAAGCGAGCCUGUCUGAAGAGGAAGACCCAGUCCUUCUACUUGUCUUCACCUAACACAGACGAUUACAGACCCUCUGAGAGGACCAUCAGCCAGGUUUAGACUACAGACGCUCUGAGAGGACCGUCAGCCAGGUUUAGACUACAGACGCUCUGAGAGGACCGUCAAUGAGGUUUAGACUACAGACGCUCUGAGAGGACCGUCAACCAGGUUUAGACUACAGACGCUCUGAGAGGACCGUCAACCAGGUUUAGACUACAGACGCUCUGAGAGGACCGUCAACCAGGUUUAGACUACAGACGCUCUGAGAGGACCGUCAGCCAGGUUUAGACUACAGACGCUCUGAGAGGACCGUCAGCCAGGUUUAGACUACAGACCCUCGGAGAGGACCGUCAACCAGGUUUAGACUACAGACUCUCUGAGAGGACCGUCAACCAGGUUUAGACUACAGACGCUCUGAGAGGACCAUCAGCCAGGUUUAGACUACAGACGCUCUGAGAGGACCGUCAGCCAGGUUUAGACUACAGACCCUCGGAGAGGACCGUCAACCAGGUUUAGACUACAGACGCUCUGAGAGGACCGUCAGCCAGGUUUAGACUACAGACGCUCUGAGAGGACCGUCAGCCAGGUUUAGACUACAGACCCUCGGAGAGGACCGUCAACCAGGUUUAGACUACAGACCCUCGGAGAGGACCGUCAACCAGGUUUAGACUACAGACCCUCGGAGAGGACCGUCAACCAGGUUUAGACUACAGACUCUCUGAGAGGACCAUCAGCCAGGUUUAGACUACCAGGACAUGCCAAAGGUAGUCUCUGCCACUCCCCAGCCCCAGCCAAUACAAUUAAACCAAAUGACAUGCCAAUGGUAGUCUCUGCCAAUACAUUUUUGAAUUUUUCUCCCCAAAAAAUAUUUGUCCCAGCUGCAGAUCUAAUUGGCUAGGAAACAGGAAGUGUUCAGAGGUUAAAUGAUUGGGUGGGUUUACUAUGUCUUUUUUUUUUCUCUCUCUCUGAGCCUGGUGACAAUCUAAAUUCCCCUCUUGUCUGAAUGCCAUGUCAUUCUAUGGACCUGUAGUAUAUUGUAAAUAACUUGGUGAGGAAGUGAUAUGGGAGAUUCUAGAAACAAAAUCUGUUGUUUUUACAGGUUUUAGCUGACCAAUAGGAUCUCAGAAUGGUGGGAUAUGAUUGUGUACAUCAGUGGAGUCUGCUGAGGGGAGGACGGCUCAUAAUAAUGGAUGGAACGAAGCCAACCACAUGGAAACCAGCCAUUACCACGAGCCCGUCCUCCUGUGGUCUACAUGCUGUAUCCAAAAUCAUCCAAAAAUCCAUGAUCUAUUAUUAUAUUGUAAUGUAUUAUUCUGAUGUUUUUCCAUUACUAUUAUCUUAAAGAUGUAUUUUUAUUUUACUUGUAAUAUUUGAUUGUAAUCUCCUGUUGGGAUCAGACCAAAUCAGAUAAAUGGGUCUCCAAGACCAGUCAGGUCUGGAUCAGACCAGAUAGAUGGACCUCCGAGAUCAGACCAGAUAGAUGGACCUCCGAGAUCAGACCAGAUAGAUGGACCUCCGAGAUCAGACCAGAUAGAUGGACCUCCGAGAUCAGACCAGAUAGAUGGACCUCCGAGAUCAGACCAGAUAGAUGGACCUCCGAGAUCAGACCAGAUAGAUGGACCUCCGAGAUCAGACCAGAUAGAUGGUCUCCGAGAUCAGACCAGAUAGAUGGACCUCCGAGAUCAGACCAGAUAGAUGGACCUCCGAGAUCAGACCAGAUAGAUGGACCUCCGAGAUCACACCAGAUAGAUGGACCUCCGAGAUCAGACCAGAUAGAUGGACCUCCGAGAUCAGACCAGAUAGAUGGACCUCCGAGAUCAGACCAGAUAGAUGGUCUCCGAGAUCAGACCAGAUAGAUGGACCUCCGAGAUCAGACCAGAUAGAUGGACCUCCUUCUCUUUAUUCAUUUAAUUUCUUAAUCUUUUGUUUUUUUCACCUCUUGAAGUUAUGGUGACGGUGUCCUAGGGUUAAUGGUAUCCUAGGGUUAAUGGUAUCCUAGGGUUAAUGGUAUCCUAGGGUUAAUGGUGAGGGUAUCCUAGGGUUAAUGGUGAGGGUAUCCUAGGGUUAAUGGUGAGGGUAUCCUAAGGUUAAUGGUGAGGGUAUCCUAGGGUUAAUGGUGAGGGUAUCCUAGGGUUAAUGGUAUCCUAGGGUUAAUGGUGAGGGUAUCCUAGGGUUAAUGGUGACGGUAUCCUAGGGUUAAUGGUAUCCUAGGGUUAAUGGUAUCCUAGGGUUAAUGGUAUCCUAGGGUUAAUGGUGACGGUAUCCUAGGGUUAAUGGUGAGGGUAUCCUAUGGUUAAUGGUGAGGGUAUCCUAUGGUUAAUGGUAUCCUAGGGUUAAUGGUAUCCUAGGGUUAAUGGUGAAGGUAUCCUAGGGUUAAUGGUGAGGGUAUCCUAGGGUUAAUGGUGAGGGUAUCCUAGGGUUAAUGGUGAGGGUAUCCUAUGGUUAAUGGUAUCCUAGGGUUAAUGGUAUCCUAGGGUUAAUGGUGAAGGUAUCCUAGGGUUAAUGGUGAGGGUAUCCUAGGGUUAAUGGUGAGGGUAUCCUAGGGUUAAUGGUGAUGGUAUCCUAGGGUUAAUGGUGAGGGUAUCCUAGGGUUAAUGGUGAUGGUAUCCUAGGGUUAAUGGUGAGGGUAUCCUAGGGUUAAUGGUGAGGGUAUCCUAGGGUUAAUGGUGAAGGUAUCCUAGGGUUAAUGGUAUCCUAGGGUUAAUGGUGAGGGUAUCCUAGGGUUAAUGGUGAGGGUAUCCUAGGGUUAAUGGUAUCCUAGGGUUAAUGGUGAGGGUAUCCUAGGGUUAAUGGUAUCCUAGGGUUAAUGGUGAGGGUAUCCUAGGGUUAAUGGUGAGGGUAUCCUAGGGUUAAUGGUGAUGGUAUCCUAGGGUUAAUGGUGAGGGUAUCCUAGGGUUAAUGGUGAGGGUAUCCUAGGGUUAAUGGUGAGGGUAUCCUAGGGUUAAUGGUAUCCUAGGGUUAAUGGUGAGGGUAUCCUAGGGUUAAUGGUGAGGGUAUCCUAGGGUUAAUGGUGACGGUAUCCUAGGGUUAAUGGUAUCCUAGGGUUAAUGGUGAGGGUAUCCUAGGGUUAAUGGUAUCCUAGGGUUAAUGGUAUCCUAGGGUUAAUGGUAUCCUAGGGUUAAUGGUGACGGUAUCCUAGGGUUAAUGGUGAGGGUAUCCUAGGGUUAAUGGUGAGGGUAUCCUAGGGUUAAUGGUGAGGGUAUCCUAGGGUUAAUGGUGAGGGUAUCCUAGGGUUAAUGGUGAGGGUAUCCUAGGGUUAAUGGUGAGGGUAUCCUAGGGUUAAUGGUGAGGGUAUCCUAGGGUUAAUGGUGAGGGUAUCCUAGGGUUAAUGGUAUCCUAGGGUUAAUGGUAUCCUAGGGUUAAUGGUAUCCUAGGGUUAAUGGUAUCCUAGGGUUAAUGGUAUCCUAGGGUUAAUGGUGAUGGUAUCCUAGGGUUAAUGGUGAGGGUAUCCUAGGGUUAAUGGUGAGGGUAUCCUAGGGUUAAUGGUGACGGUAUCCUAGGGUUAAUGGUGAGGGUAUCCUAGGGUUAAUGGUGAGGGUAUCCUAGGGUUAAUGGUAUCCUAGGGUUAAUGGUAUCCUAGGGUUAAUGGUGAGGGUAUCCUAGGGUUAAUGGUAUCCUAGGGUUAAUGGUAUCCUAGGGUUAAUGGUGAGGGUAUCCUAGGGUUAAUGGUGAGGGUAUCCUAAGGUUAAUGGUGAGGGUAUCCUAGGGUUAAUGGUGAGGGUAUCCUAGGGUUAAUGGUGAAGGUAUCCUAGGGUUAAUGGUGAGGGUAUCCUAGGGUUAAUGGUGAGGGUAUCCUAGGGUUAAUGGUGAAGGUAUCCUAGGGUUAAUGGUGAGGGUAUCCUAGGGUUAAUGGUGAGGGUAUCCUAGGGUUAAUGGUAUCCUAGGGUUAAUGGUAUCCUAGGGUUAAUGGUGAGGGUAUCCUAGGGUUAAUGGUGAGGGUAUCCUAGGGUUAAUGGUGAGGGUAUCCUAGGGUUAAUGGUGAGGGUAUCCUAGGGUUAAUGGUAUCCUAGGGUUAAUGGUGAAGGUAUCCUAGGGUUAAUGGUGAGGGUAUCCUAGGGUUAAUGGUAUCCUAGGGUUAAUGGUAUCCUAGGGUUAAUGGUGAGGGUAUCCUAGGGUUAAUGGUAUCCUAGGGUUAAUGGUGAAGGUAUCCUAGGGUUAAUGGUAUCCUAGGGUUAAUGGUGAGGGUAUCCUAGGGUUAAUGGUAUCCUAGGGUUAAUGGUGAAGGUAUCCUAGGGUUAAUGGUAUCCUAGGGUUAAUGGUGAGGGUAUCCUAGGGUUAAUGGUGAGGGUAUCCUAGGGUUAAUGGUGAGGGUAUCCUAGGGUUAAUGGUGAAGGUAUCCUAGGGUUAAUGGUAUCCUAGGGUUAAUGGUGAGGGUAUCCUAGGGUUAAUGGUAUCCUAGGGUUAAUGGUAUCCUAGGGUUAAUGGUAUCCUAGGGUUAAUGGUGAAGGUAUCCUAGGGUUAAUGGUAUCCUAGGGUUAAUGGUGAGGGUAUCCUAGGGUUAAUGGUGAGGGUAUCCUAGGGUUAAUGGUGACGGUAUCCUAGGGUUAAUGGUGAGGGUAUCCUAGGGUUAAUGGUGAGGGUAUCCUAGGGUUAAUGGUGAGGGUAUCCUAGGGUUAAUGGUGAGGGUAUCCUAGGGUUAAUGGUGAAGGUAUCCUAGGGUUAAUGGUGAGGGUAUCCUAGGGUUAAUGGUGAGGGUAUCCUAGGGUUAAUGGUAUCCUAGGGUUAAUGGUAUCCUAGGGUUAAUGGUGAGGGUAUCCUAGGGUUAAUGGUGAGGGUAUCCUAGGGUUAAUGGUGAGGGUAUCCUAGGGUUAAUGGUAUCCUAGGGUUAAUGGUGAGGGUAUCCUAGGGUUAAUGGUGAGGGUAUCCUAGGGUUAAUGGUGAGGGUAUCCUAGGGUUAAUGGUAUCCUAGGGUUAAUGGUGAGGGUAUCCUAGGGUUAAUGGUGAGGGUAUCCUAGGGUUAAUGGUGAGGGUAUCCUAGGGUUAAUGGUAUCCUAGGGUUAAUGGUGAGGGUAUCCUAGGGUUAAUGGUGUCCUAAGGUUAAUGGUGUAUGCUAGAGCUUGGGGUUUGGUAGCAGGAAAACACAGCUUUCUGAAUGUACAGGGUAUACUGUCUUUUAAAUCUUAUUUCACAUGCAAUGUAAAUCUACGUAUAUAGAAUUUUAAUGCUCCCGGUAAAUUAUUUUGUCACGCGCACUAUACAUGUGUAGUCCACCUACACACACAUACAUAUACAUAUACACAUACACUACAUACAAUACAUGUGUAGUCCACCUACACACACAUACAUAUACAUAUACACAUACACUACAUACAAUACAUGUGUAGUCCACCUACACACACAUACAUAUACAUAUACACAUACACUACAUACAAUACAUGUGUAGUCCACCUACACACACAUACAUAUACAUAUACACAUACACUACAUACAAUACAUGUGUAGUCCACCUACACACACAUACAUAUACAUAUACACAUACACUACAUACAAUACAUGUGUAGUCCACCUACAUACAAUACAUAUACAUAUACACAUACACUACAUACAAUACAUGUGUAGUCCACCUACAUACAAUACAUAUACAUAUACACAUACACUACAUACAAUACAUGUGUAGUCCACCUACAUACAAUACAUAUACAUAUACACAUACACUACAUACAAUACAUGUGUAGUCCACCUACAUACAAUACAUGGUCGCGUUGUCAUUAAUACACUUAAUACACACACACACACACCCAAUUUGUCAUUUAUUUAUUUUCUGACCUCUUAAACUAACUGAUCAUAAUUAUAGCACACAACCGUUUGACAUUACUAACGUCAAUAUCAACCUGCCAUAAAAUCUUCCAUUGGACCAUAUGGAUUCCAGUGAGGAAGGAAUGGCGUGCUGUCAUUUUGAUUGGACCAUAUGGAUUCCAGUGAGGAAGGAAUGGCGUGCUGUCAUUUUGAUUGGACCAUAUGGAUUCCAGUGAGGAAGGAAUGGUGUGCUGUCAUUUUGAUUGGACCAUAUGGAUUCCAGUGAGGAAGGAAUGGCGUGCUGUCAUUUUGAUUGGACCAUAUGGAUUCCAGUGAGGAGGGAAUGGCGUGCUGUCAUUUUGAUUGGACCAUAUGGAUUCCAGUGAGGAGGGAAUGGCGUGCUGUCAUUUUGAUUGGACCAUAUGGAUUCCAGUGAGGAGGGAAUGGCGUGCUGUCAUUUUGUAAACAUUGUUUUUUAUAUGCCAAUAAAAUGAUCUCUGUUUGGA